AUGCCAUCGGUCCGGUCGUGGAUAAGAUUUGGUCAUGGCUCCGCCCCCCUCCUUCCUCCCUCCCCCUCCGAAUCGACCGAGCGACUAGUGGAGGAGCUGGCUCCCACCGUUGACCAGCUCAAGACGCUCGCGGCGGCGAAGACCCCCACGCUCACCCAGGCACUGGCUGCCACCGAGCCCCUACUACGACUCCGCCAUACUUUUAUCGACAAUGCGCGCCCACGGACCGUGAAAGAUGCCUUCCGGCACCUGGCGGGCUUCCAGACCCUCUUAGCCCUCGCGGACCAGCUCGCGGAGCUCUAUGAUGCCGACGCAUUGUCCAAGGAGGACAGGAAGGGCUUGCUUGGAAUCUAUAAGGAUGUCCUGGGAGUUCUGGCUGAGGGACUGAAGGACCAUUUUGGCAAUAAACGAUACUUUGCGCGGAGGAUCGCGGGCGGAGGGACUGCGGCUCUCGAACGGACGCUGACCGUGUUGGUUCAGAAGAUAGACCAGGCCCAAAGCGACGCCCAGCAGCUCUUCGGUGCCAUUCUGGCUGCGGCCUUGUGCCAGGAGACCGUUGCGGGCAUCUUCGUAACACUAAGUGCCAAGUUCCAUCAGAAUAAGAGCUCGCCAUCACCCAAGGAGGUGCAAGAUGCCGUGGACCAGUGCAUGGGACCCGCAGAGACGGUUGAGGUACCGGACCUCCUGGGCCCCUUCGUCCGCGUCUGGGUGGCAUACUCUGCUCUUCCUGGCAACGAGAUCCUGCGACUGGCACUGCCGGCCUGCCUGGGCCAAUUGGCGUCCCAGUCCCUCAGGAAUAUUGUAGCUUUGCAUGCCACUGGAAUGCUCACCUCAAUUCUACCUCUUCUAUUCGAUGCCGGCCGGUCCGAGACUGAGAGAGAGCUCUACCAGGAUUUGGCGCGAUAUUUGAGUGUCCAGGGUAUGAAUAGCCUGGACGAUGCUGUUGCGCUGUACCGCCGGGCACACGAGAACCCACAAGUUCUAAAGUUCCUUUUGUCUGCUCUGAAAUAUUCCAAAGAGCCCCCGUCAAUACAGUUUGACUUAUCUCUACAUGGUUUCUGUUCCGUCGAGUUCGCUACCCUGGGUCGUCCAUUCCCACCCAGUACCUCAGCCGGAUACACGCUGGCCGCGUGGGUGCGGUUUGAUGAGUUUGAUCUUAACACGCACACUACGAUAUUCGGCGCAUUCGAUGCCAGUCAAACAUGUUUUGUCCUGGCCUACGUUGAGAAAGACACCCGCAAAUUCAUUCUUCAAACAUCCAUUCGAGGUCCGCGCCCGAGUGUCCGGUUCAAGUCUGCUACAUUUGAGUUGAACCGCUGGUAUCAUAUUUGUCUCGUCCACAGGAAGCCGAAACCUGCGUCGUCCUCUCGAGCGUCACUCUUUAUCGACGGCGAAUUUGUGGAGCAGUUGAAGAUCGAAUACCCUUCCGUCCCAACCAGCAAUUUUCCACAUAGGUCGCCGCGGAUUCAGGCUUUCUUUGGUACCCCUCAAGAUCUGGCCAUGCGGCUUGGGAAAGGAGUAUCUACCUCUCGGUGGUCCCUUGCAAAUGGCAUGCUAUUUGAUGAGGCGUACAGCGACGACAUGGUGGCUGUUUUCUACAAUCUUGGACCCCGGUAUUAUGGAAACUUCCAGGACUGCUUGGGAUCUUUCCAGACGUACAAAGCUUCCGCCACCCUCAACCUGCGGAAUGAACACCUGCAUCCUGGAAAGGAGGAGAACUCAGACAUCGUCACAGCCAUUCGAAGACGGGCGAGCACUCUGAUCCGCGAGGGGUCAAUUUUGAUAAACGUGUCUCCGGUUGCUGUUCUUGACGAUGACGAUGGCAAUAAUGUCGACGAGUCACAACUCAUCAAGUGUCUUUCCAGGCAGGCGGCCAAGAGUUUGCAACAGCUGACAAAAGCCGGAGGCAAUGCGGUAGCAGUCAAUGGAGCCACUCCAGCUAUCAAUGAUGGGUUGACCCAACCGCAAGGAGUUGGAAUUUUGACUGGAGAUCCAGUUGUUGCAGUCCCUUGGUCCCUGGAUGACGCGAGCUGGUGCUUGGGCGGUUGUGCCGCAGUGCAUCUGAGUCUGAUCCAGGCUGCCAACUCUGCUGAAACUACCCGCCUGGCCGUGGAGGCACUCUACGAAGCCGUUCAGGACAAUUGGAGGAAUAGCGAAGCCAUGGAAAGAGAAAAUGGCUACGGUAUCUUGGCGUCUCUCUUGCGCGAGACGCUAGGGUUCCAAUUCGGUAAUACUCCCACAGCAAACAAAUCUUCUGUUGUUUGCUCCAACGAGGAAGAGCUCAACGCGUUGAUGUUUGAUCUUCUGCGCUUGACACUUGCGUUUGUGGGAUACGAUUUCCAACGCCCAAAUCAUUCCAUCAUCUCAAAUCCGCUGGCCUAUCGGGUUUUGCUUGUGGACAUGGACGUCUGGCGGUUUGGAGAGCCACGGGUGCUGCAGUUGUUUUACUCGCAAUUCCGCACCUUUGUGUCUGAUAGUACCUAUCGUCGGUUCAACGCAAGACGCCUUGAUCGCAUGCGCGUUAGCAAGAAGUUACUUGAAACUUUGAAAGGAGGCGAACUAACUCAGGAGACUCUCGAACCAUGCCUUGCCACUUUUCGGUCUUUGAUGGAGAGCAAUCUCUCUCCUGAUCUUCUGCGCUCUUUAGCUCUAUCAAUCACAUACAAUCUCCACCGGCCUACAGGGCCCGCAGCACUGCAGAAAAAGAAGAGUCUGCGUUUCGCACCCGGCUCAUCUCGGCCACCCUCUUCAAAGUCAGACUCAGACAAGCAUAUUCCCAGCAUCGCAUUGGGUAUCGAGAUGUUGCGGAUGUAUUCGUCUGUCCUCUGUAACAUCCUGGACCCUACUCCGCUGAGGAAAUUUGCGAAGGCGGUUACCAACAAGUGGCUUUUGUAUCUCUCCUGUGAGGACGAACCCGAAGUCGUUGUACACGCAGUCAAAAUCCUGGCUCGGUUGCUGGUCGUCCACGGAAGCAGCUACAGCAAGAAAUUCUCCGACAAGAAUGGAGGAUAUACCGUGCUCGAGCACCAGCUGAAAAGAUGGUGGAGUAUUCCUGCACUGUGGCCCAUAUGCCUUUCUAUUCUUUUUGGACAAGAUAUUGCCCUUCUGGACCUCAAGAACCCGUUUGAUGCCCAAGGACUGAUCAACCUGUUCUUGGCCGACGGAGAUCUGCGGAUCGCGUUCCCGGAAAUGCUCCCUGUGAUUAUGGGUAUGCUCAAGAAUGGCCUCAGGAGCUUGGUUUCUGCGAGCGAAGGAGGCGGUCCAGACGUUUUGAAGCCUGAUACUUCCAGCUCCACGAAGCCUCCAGUGUUCUUGUACAAGUUGAAUGGUAGGUUUUUGAAUCUGCGGCCUGUGUUUGAAGGAUAUGUAAGGCUGAUAUUAUAUUUCUCAGAUAUUGCUGCGCCGGAUUGUUCAUCGCACGGGUUUUCUAUCCUGUCCUCCGUAGUUGCCUUUUUCGAAGGUCUAUCCGCCCGAUCACGAAACUUCAAAGAGUUCACAGCACACUCCAGCUACGUCCAGGAGCUCCUUGCCAUUCUUUUUCCCGCUGUCGUCGGCGUGGAUUCUGUCAGCCCAAAUACUGAAGUGAACUCCCGACACAGUGGUCUAAGCUUCGACGAUAGCAAUUUGGUUCUCAGGCCCCGCUCUAGUGCGGUCAACAUAUCGUCAGUUUCGCAAACGAGUAUGGUCGAUUCGUCGGAGAGCCCUGAAGAGAGCACAGAAUCCUUGCACAGGAGAUCCUCCUUUAUUAUUGUUUCCUCUGAUAAGGCGAAGCAUCAACCUUCAUCUGCACGAAUCCGCCGCGUCGUGAACCUCAGCUUCUCAGGCGAGGGUGCAACCACGGACCAUCCGCUUGUUAGGGCCAUCGCUAGCCUGGUGCUUGAUGUUUUCGAGGAUCAACUUCUGGAGCGUAAAGAGUUUUCUGGUCUGGGGGUGUAUCAGAAAACUCCACCUGGGUUCGUUGAACAUCAGGCGUACUUCAAUUCGUGGAUCUUAGCCUCGCUCAUGUCGAGGUUGAAGGAUGUACCUUCAUCCAAGCCCCAUCUGCUCCAUGAACCCCGCACUCUCACCAAUCUUGCACGCUUCGCCACACAUCUGGCAGAGGCAGUCUACGAAGGGUGGUUCAUAGAUGGAGCAGUAACGAGCCUGGAGUACCUUGGCGCAAUCCUUGAAUAUCUUCAACGCCCUGACAUUUCUCCUCUCAAAAGCAUUCGGCUGUGCACCCAAGCUGUUGCCACACUUCAUUCGACUCUGUACAAGAUCGCUUUGUUCCAGUUGUCGGAAGCGGACGACACAGACACUUUACCUGUUCUGAAGCGUCUAAACUACUGGCAGGUGGUGCUCCUUGCCGCCGCGGAGGCACAGUCCAAGCACCUCCAGCUACUAUGCUACCUUCUUUACGUCAAACUCAUAGGGACCGAAACAGAUAUACGCCUGGCUGCGGCAAGUCUUUGGCGAACCAUUCUAGUGCAGAAGCCAGACGAAGUGGUCAAUCUUCUCAACCAUGGGCCUGUCAGCCUUCAGCGCCGACUUUCCGAGGGCUUCGAGGCUCUUGUAGGUAUGGACGACGAUGCAUUUUUGCAGUGGAUCGAUGACCACCGCGAUGACCUGGAUGCGCUAUUCUUCGGCAUCCUGUCUCGGCAAUGGGAAGCAUUUGUCCAGGAGGAAAAUACGAAAAGCGAGGAAUCUGCCAAGAACCGAAUCUCGAAGCGUAAAGAAAAACUUAAGCAAUGGGCCCAGCUGGAGAAGUACGACGAAGAUGUGAUCCGCAAGCAUGAUGCCACCCUGCCUCAUUGGAUUUCCAACAUCUCUGCAUCGGAGUUCUUGAAGUCCCAGAGAUUCCUUCAGGACCUGCAAGAUAACUUGGUCUUCAUGUGGUCAGCCUUUUCCAAUCUACUCGUGGAUUUACGGCGGCCCGGUGGUUUUCUUUCUAAAGAGAAGGAGCGAAAAUUCAGACUGGACCAGACUGAAGGUCGUAGUCGCAUGCGUCUCCGCGUGGUGCCAGACGACUCAGGUGAACGCCAAGAUUAUCAGCCCAAGAGGAAGGCUUCUGAACCACCUGCGCCCAAGCUUGAUACCCGAGUACGUGCGCUCUCGGUAGGGGAGACGGCUUCGACGCCCACCGUGAGGACCGCUGAACCUGAGAUUGUGGAUCCCGAGCGGCAAGAUGGUAAUGCGGACAACGCAAGCUAUCAGAGUACCUGCGAGGAGGAAAACUUUGAGAUGAUCGACGAUCCUAAGCUGGAGCUCGAGGAUUAUGAAGAUAAAAACCGCAGAGUCAUGAGAUCACUUCACCGGGGCGACCAGGUCCAAAAUGUGUGCAACAUGUCAAGAAUUAUCGGCCUGGAAGCCGUGGAGGGUCUUUUGAUUCUCGGAAAAGAUUGCAUCUACAUCCUCGACAACUUCUUCCAGAGAGCGGACGGAGAAAUCGUGAACGUAUGGCAAGCUCCUGCUGAGGAACGUGAUUCCUAUGUACGGAUGAUUGCCGGACGGGAGUCCAAUGACCGCCGCUCACAAGAACAUGAGACCAGAAGCUGGAAGUGGUCCGAUCUUGUCAGCGUUUCUAAGCGCCGCUUUCUCUUCCGCGACGUCGCCCUAGAAAUUUUCUUCACAGAUGGCACCAGCUACCUGCUGACGUUCUUCUCGGCGCCAGUUCGGGAUAACUUGUGCAAUCAGCUCGGAAAUAAAGCUCCUCAAGUUACCGGAAAUGCAGGACACUCCCGGCCAGAGGAUAUCUGGAGAUUCGAAACCCUUCGCAGCCAAGAGGACGCACCGCAAUCUCUUGGCUCCAAGUUUGCCAGCGUCUUUGGGCAUCUACCAGCCAAUCCAGUCACACGGAAAUGGGUUCGGGGCGAAAUUUCCAACUUCCAUUAUCUCAUGCUGAUCAAUACCCUUGCUGGUCGGACCUUUAACGACUUAACCCAGUACCCUGUCUUUCCAUGGGUUCUAGCAGACUACACUAGUGAUGAGCUCGAUUUGACAAACCCUAAGACAUUCCGUGACUUGUCUAAGCCCAUGGGCUGCCAGACUCCGGACCGGCAGGCAGGCUUUCGAGAGCGGUACAAUGCCUUUGCUGAGAUGGGCGAUGAUAAUUCUCCACCGUUCCACUACGGAACCCACUACUCCUCCGCCAUGAUUGUCAGUUCCUACCUGAUACGCCUGCAACCAUUCGUCAAGUCGUAUCUCCUCCUGCAAGGCGGCACCUUCGACCACGCAGACCGACUCUUCUACUCCAUUCGCAAGGCCUGGGAGUCUGCGUCCCGGGGCAAUAUGACCGAUGUUCGAGAGUUGAUCCCCGAGUUCUUUUACCUGCCUGAGUUCCUUGUCAACUCGAACAAGUACGACUUUGGACUGCUGCAGAACAUGACUACGGCAAUUGACUCGGUCGAACUCCCACCUUGGGCCAAGGGCGACCCCAAGAUCUUCAUCGAGAAACACCGCGAAGCUCUUGAGAGUCCCUAUGUCUCGGAAAAUCUACACCAUUGGAUUGACCUUGUCUUUGGCAGCAAGCAAAAGGGCGAAGCUGCCGUUGAAGCGGUCAAUGUAUUCCAUCACCUAUCCUACAAGGGAGCAAAAGAUCUAGAUGCCAUUGACGACCCAAUGGAGCGGUUGGCAACCAUCGGCAUCAUUCACAACUUUGGACAAACACCUGGGCAAAUCUUUCAACGCAGCCAUCCUCAGAGGGAGGAUCAACGGUACCGUGUGCCUCGGCUGGAUACUCUUGCAGAGUCGCUUACGCAAAUGCCGCUAUCUCUCCUGGAUAUCGAAGAACGUGUGGCCACUCUUUCCAUGAAACAGGACCGACUCUUGUGCACUGCUGCACUGCGCCUCAACGUUCCGCCGGCCUACGACCACUACAUGGAAUGGGGUUUCUUUGAUGGAAGUGUCCGCUUCUAUUCCACCGACAGUCGCAAGCCAAUUGGGUCGCUCUUUGGUCACCGGGCUCCCGUCACCGUGCUUGCGGUUUCCCGCUCCUUUAGCGCCUUACUUUCCGUGUCCACCGACGGCCAAAGUAUGUUGUGGGAUUUGAAUCGCCGAUGCUUCGUUCGAGCGCUUCCGGCGGAUGGGGCUGUGGAUUGCGCCCGCAUUAACGACGUGACUGGCGACAUCAUUGUCUGCCGAGGCCACCGCAUCACAAUGUAUACCCUCAACGGCGAGAUACUUGUUGAUCAACCCGUUUGCGACUCAUCUGACGACCAUGUCCUGUCCUGCGUCUUCUACGAGGGCGUACAGAAUGAAUGGCUCGAACGCGAGCUCGUGCUUACUGGGCAUACACGCGGCGUGGUGAAUAUCUGGAGCAAGGUCAUCCGUCAUGGACAAUUUGAGCUAGAGCUCAUCCGCCAACUGCAUCAUACCGACAACAGCCGCGACACCGGUGCCAACAUUUUAGCCGGGAUCAGCUGUAUCCUUGCCCUGCCCCAAGUGGUGUAUACCGGGGACGAAGCCGGUCGAGUGUGGAACUGUGUCCAGCGACGCUGA